CUGAACUUGCGGACCAAAAGGUCCCAGGUUCAAAUCCCGGGAGCGGAAUGAGCGCCUGCUGUUAGCCUCAACUCCUGCCAACCUAGCCGUUCAAAAACAUGCAAAUGUGAGUAGAUCAAUAGGUACUGCUCCGGAGGGAAGGUAACGGCACUCCAUGCAGUCAUGCCGGCCACAUGACCUUGGAGGUGUCUAUGGACAAUGCUGGCUCUUCGGCUUAGAAAUGGAGAUGAGCACUAACCCCAGAGUCGGUCACGACUGGACUUAAAGUUAGGGAAAACCUUUACCUUUACCUUUACCUACUGAUCUGAAGUGUGAGCUUGACAACCCUUGAUUAGCUUGCUUUCUGCUGUUCCAGAGACUACGGGCCCUUUCACACAGCUAUAUAACCCAGAAUAUUAAGGCAAAUAAUCCACAAUAUCUUCUUUGAACUAGAUUAUCUGAAUCCACACUGCCAUAUAAUCCAGUUCAAUGUGGAAGGGGCCUAAGACACAGAGCAAUAGAUUCAAACGACAGGAAAGGAGAUUCCACUAAAUAUUAGAAGAAUGUCCUGAUGGUUAGAAGUGUUUGGCAAUGGAAUAUGUUGCCUUGGAGUAUGAUGGAACCUCCUUCUCAGCAGGUUUUAAAACAGAGGAUGAACAGUCAUCUGUUGGGAGUGCUUGAGUUAUGUCUUCCUCCAGGGAAAGACAUAAUGGCCCUUGUGGGUUCUACCAACUCUGAUUUAAUGAAAACUAGACACUUCUGGAUUGGUUUCUUCCCCGACUUCCUCCCCACCUCAUUUUCCACAUAUACCAGUUUUUAGGCCUGUUGAUGAUCAUAGGUACACUACUGAGUUAUCUUUCAGCACCCCGUGGUCAGAUCAUGAGGCAAAUCAUAGACACAACAUCACGGGCUAUAUGUCUUCUCUAGGGACCUGUAUUACUUACCAACUGUCACCAGAGGGCCCUUUUCUACAGUUUUCUCUAGUGAUGUAAGAAGAACACUCUCCUUGCCACUGAUACAAUGGUCAUCCAUCAGAGACAUGAAGAGAGCACAGAAGAAAAGAUACAUCUGGAACGAAAAACAAUCCGACACUGGCCAUCCUUCACUUUCUUCUGGGUGGUUGUCUUACUUUCUUUGGAGAAUGGAGCCUUUGAAGCCAUAGACACAAGACAUCUGAAGACGAUCAUUGACUACAUCAGAUGGUAUGGACUUGAAGACCGAUACCAGUAUGCUGUGGCUGUAAGGCUGGAUAAAAAGUACUGCAGCAAUCCUAAUCCAACGAACCUGGAAGCUGUCUUGCCUGACAAUGAGAUGCUACAGAUGAAGAAUGCUAUUAAGGAGAAGAAUGGCAUAUAUAUCCCAAAUAAAAUAAAAAAUAUCAUUGCUGCUAGGCCAGAUAAGGAAUUGCCCAGAAAGCAUGCUGAGUGGCGUUUGCUUAAUGGAGGCAAGAACAGCCCAGUAGAAAAGCUGCUAGCUAAUGGGGGCCAGAAUAGCUGCUUCAUCUUUUUCAGCAAAUCAUCCCCCUGUGUAGAUCGGUGUCUCAAUAUGAAUGACAUGAAUAAUAUUGUUCAGAUUCUCAACCCUAUUUUUAACAGGUACAGUGAGAAUUCCAGGGCUUUUGUAUUUGAAACUAUAUAUUAUAAAGAUGAAGAGAAACGGGCUGAAGUGGUGAUUAAUGCCUGGAAAAAAAUCCGGCAUGCCCCACUAUUCAAGUGCAAUAGAAAUAAUUGCAUCCAGUGUUUUGACAAUAAUCUACCAGAAAUCAGAAGCCCCUGCUAUAGCCGCUAAACUGCCUUAUGGGCUUAGUUAGCAACAAGGCACAAUCUGGCACCCACAGCUUUGCUUCCACCAAAUUGUGCUUUGGAUGUGAUAUUUCUUGUAGAUAUCUGCCUUGCUGUUGACUCAAUAAAUAUUCAGAGCAUACCA